GCCCAGUGUGCACACUGACUGGCCAUAGAAACUCACUAAAUAAACUGUUCGCUUGGAUGUGGUGGCAUAGGAUUAAAGGUUAUAUAAGGCCCUUAAACUAUGGUAUCAACCAAAUCAAACAAUCAGCUUCUCCUUGGGAAUCAUGUCGACGACUUAAACAGCAGGAGAACACAGAUCCAGACUCUUUGACAAGCCACAGGAACCUGACAAAAUUGAUCGUUUAUAUUGAACUUGAAACCGAAAUGAAACUGCUUGGCCUUGGGGUGCGAGUGUUAAGGCUCAAGUCUGGCGGACAGAGCCGCUCAACAAAUACCUGCUGUCCCCCGGAAAUCCAGGAGCCCAUGCCGUGCUGCCCUAAGAAACGAUUUUGGACCUUCAAGCGAGUGCUGGGCUUCUCCACGUUGACCUUUGGAGCCGGGGUUUAUACUGGCAUCUAUGUUUCACAAAACUAUGAGGUCCCCCGAGUAGAUGAUCCCCAAAAAUUGAUACAGCGUCUCAACGAAAAAGUGAAGGAGCUAGUGGACCAAAGCAAGAACAAAUCGCCCGGCGAGAAAUUAGUGGACGACAUCAAAAAGGAGGCCAAGAAGAUACUAGACGACUGACAGGUGCAAUGAGUCUCUAUUUUCAGUUUAAACAAAUUUAUCUAUGAUGAAAUAAAGCAGUGUAAUAUGUAAAACUA